GUCGCGGCCGCGGAGGGGAAGAGGAGAUGGGCCGCCUCGCCGCCCUUUCGCCCUGGCUGGUCGCGCCCGCGUGCCUCCUCCUGCUGGCGUUCGUCUGGGGGGCCGAGGGCUUCAAGAAGAGAGGACCCGCCGUGACCGCCAAGGUAUUCUUUGAUAUACAGAUAGGUGGCAAAGAUGCUGGCAGAAUUGUCAUUGGAUUGUUUGGAAAAGUAGUACCAAAGACGGUGGAAAACUUCGUUAAACUAGCAACUGGAGAAAAAGGUUUUGGCUAUAAAGGGAGCAAAUUUCAUCGUGUAAUCAAAGAUUUCAUGAUUCAAGGAGGUGACUUCACAGCUGGAGACGGCACUGGGGGAAAGAGCAUCUACGGAGAGACGUUUCCUGAUGAAAACUUUAAACUGAAGCAUUAUGGUAUUGGAUGGGUCAGUAUGGCUAAUUCUGGCCCAGAUACCAAUGGUUCCCAGUUCUUCAUUUCUGUGACAAGGCCUGGAUGGUUAGAUGGAAAGCAUGUAGUGUUUGGGAAAGUCAUUGAUGGAAUGUUAGUGGUGCACGCCAUAGAGCUCCAGCCGGUAGAUGACGACGACCGCCCUCUUCAAGACUGUGUGAUUGUUAAUAGUGGGAAAAUAGAUGUAAAAGAACCAUUUGUGGUUGAAGUAGAUGACUGGAGAAGUUGACGGCAACGUGAGCAAAGGAACUGCAAUGGCUUCUCCUCUGGCUAAAAGCAGGCAAGGGUAUCUGAAGAUUCUUUUGCAAGAGAACGUGGUAACCUCACAGGUAGCAUUGAAAUAUCUAGGUGCUAAAUCCAGAGGACUACUUGAUUGCCUUUCCAGGAAGUAGUCUUAUGGGGGGAAAACAUUAGGAAUGUAUUGACUUAAGUGGUUGAAGGCAAUAAUUUUCCUGCUCUUUGAUUAUUCAUAUGCUACUUUUAUUAACAGCUCGCCCUCAUUCUUUGGUCAUGCGAGUCUUCCACCUUAUGGAUAGGGUUUUAUAAAAUAUCUCAUCCUGGAAACACUUCAGCAUUUAGUAGUUUGUGGCAAUGGAAAACACACUCCUUCAGUCUGCUCCUCUAAAACAUGUUCUCUGCUUCAAGCACCUGACACAGUUCUCUUUUCAUAUAAAGAAUAUUUGGGACUCUUCUUUCCAUUCCUUUUUAUAACAGGGGUUUCCUGCAUCAAUGAUGGACACAUGUGCAGGUCCUAUGGCAUUUAUGAUGAAUUUAAAUUUGUUCAAAUUCAAUAUAUGCAGAAUGUGAGCGUAUUACUGUUGCAAAUAAGUCUAAACCCACUGUUGUGUAUUGAUAUUUUAUACAUACAUUAAACUUCUGCUAAAAAGCUA